AUGAGGAGUCUUGUGCUGCUUUUAGCCAUUUCUCUCCUACUCUACCAAGAUCCUCCAGUGAGAAGUGAUCUGGAAGUAAACAGAAUCUGUGGCUAUGGCACUGCUCGCUGCCGCAGGAAAUGUAAAGAACAGGAAAAGAAGAUUGGAAGAUGUCCCAACACCUCUGACUGCUGCUUGAAAACAUGGAGUGAGAGCGUUUUGC